UCUUGUUCAGCCCAUCGCUGUCCUCGAGCUUUUACUUGUACACUGGCUAGAGCUAGCUCGUACAGCAAUCAGGUCAGGAGGUGUUAAGCGACGAUGGCGACCUCUAAGCUCGCUGUCCUCGCUCUGUUUGCCCUGCUCGGCUCCGUGUCAUGCCAGGCCGGAGGCUACUACGACUACUACUACCCUACCCCGCAGCGACCUCCAACACCAAGCCCUGCAGGGACGCACCUCAAGGUCGGAUACUACAGGAACAAGUGUGCCGCCGCUUACGUGGAUGUGGAGGCCAUUGUCAAGAAGCACGUCAAGGCCACUGAUGCUGGCAUGCAAGCUGGCCUUGUCCGUCUCUUCUUCCACGAUUGCUUCGUCCGUGGAUGCGACGGCUCCAUCCUCCUCGACACGUUCAGCAACGACACAAGCCUGACCCCGGAGAAGUUCGGCGUGCCCAACUUCCCCAGCCUGCGGGGCUUCGAGGUGAUCGACGCGGCCAAAGCCGAGAUCGAGGCGGCGUGCCCGGGCAAGGUCUCGUGCGCGGACAUCGUCGCCUUCGCCGCCCGCGACGCGUCCUACUUCCUCAGCGCCGGCGGCAUCAGCUUCGCCAUGCCAGCGGGCCGCUACGACGGGACCGUCUCCCUCGCCAGCGAGACCCUCCCCAACCUGCCCCCGCCGUUCGCCGGCUUCGACCAGCUCGUCAAGAUGUUCGGCGACAAGGGCCUCGACGCCUCCGACAUGAUCACGCUCUCCGGCGCGCACAGCAUCGGCCGCUCACACUGCUCCUCCUUCACCAGGGACCGCCUGCCGCCCAGCAACACCUCCGACAUGGACCCGGCGUUCGCCGCCACGCUGCAGGCCAAAUGCAGGUCGGCGAAUGCUGGCACCGACAACACGGUGAUGCAGGACUUCAAGUCCCCCGACGUCCUGGAUAACCAGUACUACAAGAACGUGCUGGCCCACAAGGUUCUCUUCACGUCCGACGCCGCGCUCACCACCAACUUCACGUCCAACAACCUGGUGCGUGCCUACGCCGACUUCGUGCCCUAUCUGUGGCAGCAGAAGUUCGAAAAAGCUAUGGUGAAGAUGGGUGGCAUCCAGCUCAAGACCGCAGACAAUGGGGAGAUCAGGAAGACGUGCCGCAAAGUCAACAACAGGACGUGAUCGAUGAUCAUCAGAUCAGAUGGCGGCGAUCAGAUAUCUUGUCCACCUAGACCAAAUUAAACUCUGCCGCUUGGCUUAGACGAAAUGGGAACAAAUAACCAUUCUUUGCCUUUUCGGAUUUCCAAUUUCCUAACUUUUGCCUUUACCUACAUUAUUCUCCUGAUAUCUCCUCUAAUAUGCCGCUGCAUUCUCCAACUGUAUGCCUGUUUUUAUGCUGUAUAAUUUUAAUUGGAUUGAAUAUCAUAUCUUUUGUAGUGCAAGUAAA